UCGAUGAAACAAGGAGGACAAUUUUCCGUGCAAGAUUUCUGCUUUGCUUUUGAAUUUGCGGUCGCUUUGCAUGUUCAUUUUCCGCAUAAAAGUGGACGCACGUGUGUAGAAAUUCUAUAAACGAGUAGGCCAACCGUGAAAACCAAGUGAAAUCAUCAGAAACCGAUUCGGAAAACGUCGCGUGUGCCUGUUGUUUUUUUCGCGUUUUCUGACAAUGGCGUCAGAAUGAAAUAGCGCUCCCGGGGUGCGAAUCAAGCGCGCCGCGCAUCACGUACCGGGCGUUUCAGUUUCCGUUUAAGCUAAUUUCUACGUGUAUUCGUCAUGGUUCGCAAUAAAGAUUCUUGAGUUCGAUUUUAUUUUAGCCGUGAUAGUGCACAUCUGUUUGGGAGUAAGUUCUUUGUGAGGCCGAGUGCGUGCUGUGCUUGCGGCAGUUUAGACUGCAAUAUUCGCUAGAAGAUGGCCAGCUCUGUGUUUGCUGACAGCCCCGUGUCAACGAACGACUCGCGAAUGUGUGGCGAGUCGCAGUCCGACUUAGUGGUGGUCUACGGCAAAAAAGGCGUCAAUGUCGACAGCAAUGGACUGGACAACUUAUUAGAGGACCGCAAUAUAUCUUCGGUAAGUGUGGUUCGUCUAACAUCGCCUACACCUAGUAUGAAAGAUGAAGAGGAACAGCACGAAGACGAAGGGAUUGGUGGCGAUGAUUCAGAUUUACUAGCAACUUUAGAUUCGAAGAAUGCAGACAAAGAAGAACCAGAAAUAGUAGGUUUGACUAUUGAAGAAUUCUACCCCCGAGAUGAAGCUAAAAAGUUGGCUAAAGAAAUUCUAAACUAUGCUGGCGUGGCGAAUCCUCUACAAAUCAAAAUCGAUUAUGAGUUUCAACGUUUCGUUAUACAAAACGAUCAUUGCUACACGCCGCUCACUUCCCCAAGUCAAAGUAAACCUAAGCCCUUGGCAGAUGGUUCUACUUCUAGUGAUAGUAAGACUUCAACGACUCGUCAACCAGGUGCGGUUAAUCGCAUAAGAAAAGGGACAGAAACGUCUGUCGAUUCAGAGGAAAAGAAGAAUGAAUCAGCUGAAGAUGAUGACGAAUAUUCUGAUUAUUCAGAUUCAAGUUUAAGUGAUUCCGAUAAUGAUCGGGACAGUGACUUGGAUUUCAGUGUUAAUGAUCGCGGUAGAAAGAGAAAGGCUAGCACAAAGAAAACUAGAAAAUCUAUAAAUAAAACGCCGCGGAAACAACGUCAUUCCUUAACAGAGAAGGAUUCGCAUGGCGAUGAAGAACAGAAGAAAGCACCUGUCCCAGUUCGAGGGGGUAACAGGCAGUCUAUGUCCAUGCAAGUUGGAAUUAAAGCUGUGCAAAAAGCGUUGGGUCCAACAAAAACGAUGACUAAGCCUGUCCAGCGUCUGUUGAACUCAACAGAAGCUGAUAAGGGACAAGCAAAUGAACAGAGGGUUCGUACUUUGCAGCAAACUCCUAUUCAAAAAGCAUUGCAGCAGCAGCAACAUAUCCAACAAAGGCAACUUCAAAUUCAAAUGCAAAUACAGCAGCAACAACAUCUUAUUCAACAACAAAUUCAGCAACAGCAACAACAGCAGCAACUGCAACAGGAAGCGCCGAAACCUCAGGCACAAAAGGUAUAUCUGUUUAAAAAAGAUGUCACGGCCACUAUGCGCACCGCCAAUGGACCAGCAAAGGAGGUGGAUUCAGUAAUCUUGAAUCACAGUAACACCACAGCACAAAAACAAACAGCCAAAGUUGACAGUGCCCAUGAAACUAAAAUCCAAACUGUGGUUACGCUAGCGGAACAACAAGGCAACAUGGGCUCUCAAUUUUCAAAUAAUUUACCAGCGAAAGGAUUUAUGCCGUUGGUGGUGGAAACAGCAGCGAAAAAUCAGCUUCCCGCCCAAAUAUCUAUUCAAACUCACACAAGUUCAGCAGAAUUGGCCAUUGAAAACGACAAACAAUUGGAUCUGAUUGAUUCAAUUGUGAAGGAUGAAAUGCAAAAAACGAAUAUGGUUGUGAAGCACACUCCAGAGCCUAAUCAAGAUAUUCCGCAAAUUGUGAAAAUGCUGGAGAGCACAGAAACUGCUAUUUUGCACAAGAAACCAAUAGAAGUAAGCGCGGUUCCAACGACAUCUGCAGCGAGCAGCUCAUUUACACACCCUGUCGAACAUUUCGAUAUCGCAAAUGCCGAUUUGUUGGACAAUCCCGAUGAUGAUUUGUAUAAGGACCUCCUCCAGCACGUAGCUGAGCUGAGAAACGAUAAGCAGUUGCAAGAAGUUAUUGAGAAACAAGGGUACGAUGUUGCUACUUCAUCGCCACUUUCUGUAGCAGAAACUAGCGGUUUAGUUGCUUUGUCGCAUACAUCUCAGUUGCAGCAAAGUCAAGUCACUCAAGCGGGUGUAAACAUUGAAUCUCAUCCACCUAUUGCCAAGAAGGAUCCAAUAAAAAUCAUUAGAGGCGAUGGACGUGUGAUAACUCUGCCACCAAUUGAGGCUCCUACAACCCGUGCUAAACGACGUGCCCAAUCACAAUACAGUAGUGGGUCAUCGAGUCCAGCUAAUGUAACGAAAACAGCUGCUAUUAAAGCAGAAGCUGCACAAAGACGAGAGUCGGGAGAACGUGCAGCUGCCGCGUCGAGGAAGCGGACGUCUGUGUCAUCACAAAGCACCAAUAAGGAUGAUGAAAUGGAAACGGAAGACAGUCAGGAGGAUGAAGACUCAGAAGAUGAUCCUAAUAAGCUUUGGUGUAUUUGCCGUCAACCGCACAAUAAUCGUUUCAUGAUUUGCUGCGAUAAAUGUGAGGAUUGGUUCCAUGGAACGUGCGUGAAUAUAACAAAGGCAAUGGGCAGGGAUAUGGAAAACAGUGGCAAGGAGUGGACAUGUCCGAAUUGUGUCAAAGAGAAAAAGAAACCUGUUCAAAAGAAAAUUACGGAAAUAUUUGACAAAAAACCUACAGGUCCAUCUACGACACCCAAAAUAAAAAGUGAACCGCGAAAGUCUAUUCCAAAUACAUCGAGACGAAGUGCCGUGAAAAAGAAUCACGACGAAACCUCAGUGAAAGGUUUGCCUGGCGAGAUGGGUCAACGGAAAAUUACGGAUGCCUUGAAAAUGAAUAAAGGGGUAAUUGGCCCCCCGCCGCUUGUAAAAUCUGUAGAAGUAAUUGUUACUGAAACUAAAGUGAAUGAAAAUCAAACUAGAGCGAAUACUGAUGGUGUUCAAGGUAAAGCCGAUCCAUCUCCUUCACAAAAACCCAAGAUCAUAGAUGCAUCCCUUCGAAGCUGUAUAGUAUGCCGCAAAGCAAGUCGGCCGAAUUCAAUUUACUGCAGCGAUGAUUGCAUAAGGCGACAUGCUCAAAAUGCGCUGAUCACAGUAAAUAAAGCUGCAAAAGCAGCGGCUGCGGCGGCAAGUACUCCCCCGGUUCCACUAACACCGGAAGAAAAGAAGAAAAAGAUGCCAAGUUCGUUCGAGGAGGCUCUUGCUCGAGCUUCGGAACCACCACUGCAAGUGAAAAAUAAGCUCGAACGAGUCUAUGUAUUUGAACGGAAAACGGGUCGGAUUCUUACUGGAACAAAUGCCCCAACGACUGCAAACUUGAAAAAAUGGUUGCAAGAGAACCCAACGUUUGAAGUAGUCCAGCCGGGCAGCCCCGAAUCAUUAGCAAUUGAGCGGAGUAAGCAGAAGCACAUGAAAAUCGGUCCAUUGAACGUAUCAGCAUCAAACACAUCAGCGAGCACCUCGUCCUCGUCAACACCUGCAACGCCACCGCCACCACUGAAAAAGAUAACCGAACCCAAAUUUGAGCUGAAACCAGAACUGAACGCUAAAAUGCAAAAGGCGCCAGUUUUGGAAGCCAUCAAUCGAAUGCAAAAAUCUCAGACGAUUGAAAUUUCCACCCGUGUGCAAAAGCCUCAGACGGUCGAUGUUGCAACCCGUGUGCAAAAACCUCAGAUGGGGGACGCUGCAACUCGUGUGCAAAAACCUCAGACGGUUGAGAUUGCGAAUCGUGUCCAGAAGCCUCAAAAUUUCGAGUUGAUACAAAGAAUAUCAAAAACCACACUUCCUGACACGUCCAAUCGUACUACACCUACCACCCAACCUCUGAAGAAAUAUCCUCAGCAAGUCUCGAUAAAGCCGCCCAAUACUCAGUCAACAAAUGAGGCUAAAACUCCAGCAAAAACACCUCGGAAACAGCAGAAUCCAACUCCCGAGCAAAAAACUUCACAAACUCCGGAAAAUUCAACUAAAACUGACAAUGAGCCUAUUCGCUUGAAUGUGAGAAAAACGUUGAAGGAGCAACUGCUUGCGAGAAUGAAUGAGAUGAAGUUGCCCGAGGCAAGUCGUCUCUCCGUGUCCGAUGUGGAAAACUUUGCUACAGAAGUUGAACACGAGAUGUUUAUGUUGUUCAACAAGGAUACGGGUGCGAAGUAUAAGGCAAAGUAUCGUUCACUAAUGUUCAACAUAAAGGAUCGAAAGAAUCAGACGCUAUUCCAGAAGAUUUUAGAACGAAAGAUUGAACCGCGGCAACUGGUUCGUAUGUCGCCCGAACAAAUGGCCAGUCAGGAACUGGCACAGUGGCGUCAAAAUGAAAAUAAACACCAGCUCGAAAUGAUAAAAAAGUCUGAACUUGAUUUGCUCUCAUGCGCGAAGAACUAUGUUCUGAAGACUCAUAAAGGUGAGGAAGUGAUAGAAAGCAAGUCUACAGAUCGGCUAUCACUCGACUUGGCAAUUCCUGUUGAGGAUGUUGUAACCGUUUUGAAUAAUUCAACGGUAAGCAGCACUAGUGAGGCGGACUUGCUUUCGCCCGGUAAAGAAUCAAUUAGGACACAAAGUCUAUCGGAUCUAUCCCAGGACGCUGAUAGCAGUUAUACCGCGGGGGCGGAUAGCUCCAAGGUGGGAAUGGCGACAACAUCGAAGGCGAAGAAAAAGACAAAAAAGAAUGAAAAGGAUCGCGAUAGGCACAACAGGCCCAAAGAAAAAUAUAAAUCAGCAAAGAAGCGUAGUCGUAGUCGCAGCCGCAGUCGAGAACGCAGACAUAAAAGUCCUUACCGGGAGGAUAGACAUAGGAGUCCCAAUCGUGAUGACAAACACAGAAGUCCCAGCAGAGACGAGAAACACAGAAGUCCUAACAGGGAUGAUAGACAUAGGAGUCCUAACAGAGACGAUAGGCAUCGGGACGACCGAGAAAGAAGCCCCCACAGGACCGAUAGGCAUAGAAGUCCUCAUCGUGACAACAGUGGCGAUGACAAAAGUGAUCAUUCAUUCAAAUUAACAUCUCACAAGAAAGAUGAUCAACAAAAUGAAAAUUCAACUGAAAAGAAUUGCGAUCUCAAGCCGAAAGGCGUUUCUAAAUAUUCAGUUAAGCCUAAAGAGAAGGAUACAAAGCCGAAAGCUGAGGAAGCCACACAAAAUUAUAAUCUAAUUGAUAAAAUCAUUGAAUCGGCGAAAUCUAUGGAGGAAGCUGCCAAUUUAGGGGGCGAGAAGGAGAAAUCAGAAUCUAAAUCGCAAUCAGCAUCGUCCUCAUCAGCAGUGAGUACAACGUCAGCAGCAACGACUUUAACGACAACAGCUAGCACUGCAGAGAACUCAUCCGGUGGUGAUAGUGACCAGGAGCCAACAAGCACAGUCAACAUACCUCAGCGACCUGAAGAUCAAUACAAGAAGUAUGUAAGUGACUUACCGUCGAUCAUAUGGAGUGGCAGCAUAAACAUGAUCGAUGUAGCGACUUUCCAAAUUGUGAUACAGCCCGUAUCAGGGCUAACGCUAGACCUAGACAAACAGCUGCCCGUUGAGUUAGAUGUUGUAGGACGCAUUAGCCCCGAUACAGUGUGGGACUACAUCGGGAAAAUUAAGAAGAGUCCGAAUAAGGAAAUCGCGAUAGUGCGCCUUGUGCCAUCGUGUGAGUCGGAGAACACUGCCUACUGCGCGCUCUACGAAUAUUUAAACAAUCGAAGGCGAUUGGGCGUGGUGAAAACAGUCUCACCGAACAUGAAAGAUUUCUACAUUCUGCCUUUGGGUGCGGGAAAAGCACUCCCUGCUAUACUGCAACCACAGGAUUCUGUAGAGUUUUUCGAAGAUCUUACUCGGCCUGAUUUGCUUUUAGGCAUAAUAAUACGAAUUAUGGGAAAGCGUAGCGCUACUUCGACAGGACAUCAAGUGCCAGCAAAGACUGCUCGAAAAUCCGAACUCGCAUCUGUGAUAUCAAACACAACAUCCACGGUUCCUCUAGAUGAGUCUAAUUACACACCUCCUGGUAGUCCAAAAGUGACAGUGUUGAAAAAGGCCGAACCAAAAAGCAUAAUUUCAGCUGCCAGGUUGCCGUCAAAAAGCGACGAUUCAAUUGACCUUAGUGCAAUUAUAAAUCCCGCUACCAAAAUAUCUAAAGCUUAUGCAGGUGAGGAUGCUGAUGAGCCAUAUUCGCCUGGCGGAAGUAGUGAUGAUGAUACUCCCAUCCUGUCCAAGCUUGGGACGAGUGGAAUCAACACUUCUACAGAAGCUCUGACCGAUGAAGAUUUAAAACGAAAAAUGGAUGAGAUCAAUCGACAAAUUGAAGCCCGGAAAUUAGAAAUUGCCGGGAUGCUUGGCAUGGAUCAGAAUUCAUCUUCGUACUCAUCAAGCGCUACCACAGAGCUUAAACCUACGCUGGCGAACAUCUCCAUUCCAUCAAAUCUACAACAAAUUCUAGCGAGCAUCAAGCCAUCUCAAGAUUCAACAUCAGCCAGUUCAACCGCACCUCCCCCUCCCUCAAUUGGACCGAUCUUAAACGCUGAGGAUGAAGAGUAUGUUCCAGAGCCAGCAUCGUCCAAUAUUUAUAAACCUUUACCUCCACCUCCUCUCCCGCCUGCCGAUUUACUGACGAGUGCGUCAUUAUCAAAUAUUAGCAGUUCCAGUAGACUAGCGCAAUUAAGUGAAGCCGAGCUUCUCAGUAUGGUUCCGGAUGAUGUCGAUUUGAGAACUGAAAGUUUGAAGACAGGAGGAGAUUGCAAUCGAACUGAUUCUCCUUCGAUAUCGGAACCGCCCCCGUCGAAACGAGGUCGUUGGCUGAGUGAGCCACCACCGCCCGGCUUAGAAGAAGAAUUUAUUUAGAAAUUCGCUAUUAUAUAUACAUACAUAAUUGUACUAUGUAUUCAUUUUAAAUUAACACAUUAUACUAUAUAAGCAAGCAGUAAAAAUUAAUUAGAAAACUAUGGAGGAAAAAUAUAGAAAAUACGUGAUGCUUUUUAAAAUAAGGUUUAUUGAGUUUACAACAACGCAAUAAUAGGACUUUAUUAUUGAGAAAAUCACGAACUUUUUUGUUAUUUAGAUCUCACGAGGAAUACACGGAAAUAAAGUAAGUUGCGAAUGCAAAA